CGCCGCCCGCUCCCGAUGAGGCCUCUCCGGAAACCGGCAGCGCCCCCUGCCGCCGCGGAGGAGCUCUGUGUCCGCCAGCGGGGCUCCAACGGGGGAAAGGCAGCAGCCUGCCCGCCACAAGGGCCUUUGCGGGCCGCUCCCUCCGAAACGCCGCUUGGCCGGUGGCGACGGGGAGGAAGGAGCUGUGGCCCCCGGAACGCGCGUGUCCUGCCGCGACAUGCUAUAACCGGAACGAACCGAGCAGCCCCGCAUCGACCCGCCGGCUCCUGCAGCCGCUGCCCCGAGCCGAGCGGCCCCGCGCCUGCGCGGCCCCUACCACCUCCUCCCGCCACUCCCCCGCCUCGCUGGGUUCUGCCGGUGCGGCGGGACAGGGACAGGGCCGGGGCUAGGCCCGGGCCGGUGCAGGGGGCGAUGGCGGCAGCGGGGAGCGGCGCGUCCGGCAGCGGCAUGGCGCAGAAGACGUGGGAGCUGGCCAACAACAUGCAGGAGGCGCAGAGCAUCGACGAGAUCUACAAAUACGAUCGCAAGCAGCAGCAGGAGAUCCUGGCGGCCAAGCCCUGGACCAAGGACCACCAUUACUUCAAGUACUGCAAGAUCUCGGCCCUGGCCCUCCUGAAGAUGGUGAUGCACGCCCGGUCCGGGGGCAACCUGGAGGUGAUGGGGCUCAUGCUGGGAAAGGUGGACGGGGAAACCAUGAUCAUCAUGGACAGCUUCGCCUUGCCGGUGGAGGGCACCGAGACCCGCGUCAACGCGCAGGCAGCUGCCUACGAGUACAUGGCUGCCUACAUCGAAAACGCGAAGCAGGUCGGGCGGCUGGAAAACGCCAUCGGCUGGUACCACAGCCACCCCGGCUACGGCUGCUGGCUCUCGGGCAUCGACGUCAGCACCCAGAUGCUAAACCAGCAGUUCCAGGAGCCCUUUGUAGCAGUGGUGAUCGAUCCAACAAGAACAAUAUCUGCAGGAAAAGUCAAUCUUGGAGCAUUUAGGACAUACCCUAAGGGCUACAAACCUCCCGAUGAGGGACCCUCUGAAUACCAGACUAUCCCCCUUAAUAAGAUAGAAGACUUUGGAGUGCACUGCAAACAGUACUAUGCUUUAGAAGUCUCCUACUUUAAGUCAUCUCUGGAUCGUAAACUGCUGGAGCUUCUGUGGAACAAGUACUGGGUGAACACUCUGAGCUCCUCCAGUCUGCUCACAAACGCUGACUACACCACGGGCCAGGUCUUUGAUUUGUCCGAAAAACUGGAGCAGUCAGAAGGUCAGCUUGGAAGGGGCAGUUUCAUGCUGGGUUUAGAGACUCAUGAUAAGAAAUCAGAAGACAAGCUUGCAAAAGCCACAAGAGACAGCUGCAAGACCACCAUAGAAGCUAUCCACGGACUGAUGUCUCAGGUUAUUAAGGAUAAACUUUUUAAUCAGAUUAAUAUAGCUUGAAGUGCAUCAGCAGGUGAUAGGAAUCUCCAAGGCACAAGUCAUGAAUAUCUUCGCCUGGACUUGUUCCGUUUGGGAAAUGAAGCUGGAGUGGAAAACUAUUCAUAUAAUUUGUAGUCCUGUAAUAUUCCCCCACCUGCCUGACUGGUUUGAAAGAACAAAAUGUUCUCAAGUGUAGUGCAGCUUUUUGUUCUUGAUCAUAAACCACAGCCAAAAGAAAAUGAAAUGUCACUCACUGGAUUUUGCUCUUCAGUAUUUAAUCUCCAUUAUCCAACUGCAAUAAAACCAUUUGGAAAAUGA